UUAACACCCAAGCGAGUCUUCCUGAUUCAUCCCUGGCUAGACGAUUGUACAAUAACUAGCUUUAGUGUAUGUGUGUUUUUUAAAUCAACGUAUUAUUAUCCCAGUCUACAACCCGAUUUUUAUCCACCAAGAACUGAAACGUUCUGAGGGGUUUACCGAAGCUUUCGGCUCGAAACAGCACGGAAACGGCGCUGCUUUCUAUUUAGGAAGUGAAGAGACUGAUGAAGCAUUUUGGCAAACCUUGCGAAACUUUCAUUUAGCUCAUUAAUCGUGGAUGACCUGAGUUGGAUGGCAAGAUGGCUCUGAGUGAGCACUUCAAGAUGAUGGUCGAAGUUAUCAAAGAUGUUGUUCCUGUUCUCACCAGCGGGGUUCUCACAGUGAUCAUCCUGUCGUGUGUUUUAUUUGGUAUCCAAACAUAUUUGAACUUAACACAAGGCAUCUUCAGCAUCGGCGCGAGUGUUUUUCAGAAUGGACACCUAUACAGCAUCUUGAUGUAUCCCUUUUACCACCAAACCUUUGCUCAGCUUCUUCUCAACAUCACACCCCUGGUGUUUCUUAGCGGGAGCUUGGAGAAAGGUGUGGGCACGGUCCGUUUCCUCUUCCUUUUCGUCCUGCUGUCCUCGACCAUAGGUUUGUUUUACAGUUUCUUGGAUCUCCUGCAGGAGGACGGCUUCCAGGGUCACACUGAGGGUUUGGUUCCUGUCACUCUGGCCUCUGUGUCUUUAACUACCAUGCACACAAAAAUGACUAAAGCCUUUCUGUGUGGAGUCAGUUUCCCCACCAUGGCCCUCCCGUGGGUGUUCCUCAUCAUCACCACUGCCCUUGUUCCUCACUGCGUGCUGCCCUGCAAUGUUAUCGCCAUCCUGGUUGGGGUGAUGUAUGGUAAAGGAUGGGUCUCUUUUCUGGAUGUGUCUGAGGCCAAGGCUGGAGUUCUGGAGAAGAUGCUGCCCUUCAGGUUGUUUAGGAGCCUCAGCGGCAAUAUGUUUGUUCCUGCUUCCACAGAGGACAGGAGAAAGACCCUGCUUCCACAAAUCAAUCCCACACCUGGGUCUUACCCAGUCCAAGCUUACGCGCCAUUACCCACUGUCAACACUGCUGCCGUGAACUAUGAAGGCUGGCCACACCAGAUGAGUGCCAUGUCCAGUCCCACACCACCUUCCAACCUUCACGGACAUGUUGCAGGGCACAGCUUUGGACACUUUUCACAGCAGAGUUUGGGCCACAGCUGCAACCACAGUCACGGUCACGGCCGGAAGACUGAAGGACUGCUGCUACAACAGUAGUAGUUUUUUUUUUUUUUUUAUGAAAACUUAUGCUUACAAAAACCUCUUAUAUAAAAGCUACUCAGAUUUUAACAUCUAUGAGGUCCUGCAAUGUCUCAGCAUUGGAAUGUGUCUCUCCCUGCUUGUAUAAUCAAAUGCAGUUUUUGUGAAAGCUUAAAUAUUGCUGGUGACUUUUGUAAAUUUUAUUAAUUCUCAUUUUGUUUUUUUAAUUUCUGCCAAUAAAUGUGUUUAAA